AUGUCUGGAGAACAACAGAAGAAAGGAGGACAAGGCGGGCUAGGUGGUAUCCUCACCGGGUUGACCGACACGGUAGGAAACACAGUCGGCGGCGUUACUGACACGGUCGGCAACACCGUCUCUGGCGUCGGUCAAGGCGUGGGCAAAACGGUCAGCGGCGCAACCGAAGGGCUCGGAAACACGACCAAGGCCGUUGGCAAUACUGCAAAGGACACCACGGAUAAGAUUGGGGGAAAGAAGCAAACUGCCGACAAUCCAUUGGGCUUGUAA